ACUCAGACUCUGCUCCCUUUUCUCCAGCCGUUCUGGAGUCUUCCACAGACAGCGGUUUCCAGUGUCUGACUCUCUUGCCCAAUAACGGCCCAAAGCAAUCGAGCUCCAGUUCCAGUCUGGACUAUGAUGCCUCACCCAUCCAGAACUCUCCAUGGAAGGAGUCCAGCUUGGACCAGCCCUACCAGAAACAAAAACCUUCUCCCUCUGCCUGCAGCAGCCGCUCAAGCAGUCCAACAGGCUCACCAACAGACACAAGAAUGGCAGAACUUCCUCCAGCACCCCAGUUUGUGUUUAAGAGUCUGCCAGUGCGAAACAAUCAGCCAAACAGCGCCCCCUCCACCCCAGAGCUGCCACUGCGCCGACAGUUCUCACAGUCCUUCAGGCUUCCCAGAAGCAAACCAGAAUUGACCAAGGCCAGCUCAGACCUGGGACGGGGCCGGACCAAGUUGCCGCGACAACGAGUGACCGAUUUCGCAUUAGCCUACUCAGUUCAACGUUUAUAUCAGUGCAGCUCUGAAGACAGCAGCUCCAAGCUUUCCAUUUCCUCAUACAGCAGUUCCUCCAGCCGAGAGACGACCACCGAGGCACCUAAACCCUGUCCGCCUCCAUACGGCUACCAUCGCACUGCUCCAAAUAAAGGACCAAGCCAGCUCAACACCUACAGUACACUCAAAAACAACAACAAAAACCCACCUCACCUCGUGCCCGGCCCCAAUCGAGUGAAGAUUAGCAAUGGGACACCACUUCAGGCAGACAUGGCAAGGCUGCAACUCAGACAGAAUUCACAAUCUGAUCCUGUACAUACUAAUAAACCCCAACAAGUCGAGGUUACCUCACCCAAACGAAUGCUCAAGCCUCCCCCGCCAUACACAAAGGUGGUCCGCACGACGUCACUAAGAGAAUAUCCCAACCACCCCAGCCGUGUGCUUCCUCGAGAUGUGGUAUCAGGGGAGCUUAAAACCUGGCACCAGAAAAACAAUAUAGUCAUAUCCAUACCCCGCUCACUUGAACGGCAAGGAUCGAUUCGAAUCAAGCGCCCAGUGCCGCCACCCUACCACCAGAUUCCCUCUCAUAAACAGGUUUCUCAGAAGGUGAUUCUGCAAAGGGCUUCGGAUGGAACGCCGCUGCAGUGGUACGAAGAGGAAGACUCCGAGAUUGUGAGUCAGGUGUAACCAGGUAGAAGAAACCUGGAGAUGACACAGAGAAUAAGUGAACUCUCAUUGUACGUCUUUAUUUUUAUUUAUUGAGCCAAUGGACUCACCGAUGUAGUCUGAUUAUGUUCAUUCUCACCGAGACUUUUUGACCAAGUUGGAGCUGAGCCUCGAUUCCAUAUAUGCCUACAUUUGUGAUUAAAUUUCAAGUCUAAGACUUCUUUGUAAGGCAUCAUGCCAGAUGUUUAUGAUGAAUGUAUAAUAUAAUUGUGUUUUUAUUGAUGUCAGUAGAGUGUGGCCCACCUUUUGCAAAAGAAUGCCCUCAUGGAAAUGACAUCUUUUAGUAUAUAUUUGUGUCUUGUACACGAUUCGUCAUAAUUAAUGUAUUAUGUAAUGUCUUAGUUUCCCCAUGAUUUUAUUUAAUUUAACAC